UCUUACACAAACACACAAAGAUUCCAUUACAAUAAACAUUUUCCAUAUAUAUCUGUAAGACUAUUAACAAAAAAAACAAUGGCGACCUCAAGCAUGAAGAGCAUUCCAAUGGCGAUCCCAAGUUUCUCCAUGUGUCACAAGCUCGAGCUCCUCAAGGAAGGCAAAAGCAAAGGCCAAGAAGAUCAUGAAGGGCUAAGCUACGAGUUCCAAGAGAUGUUGGACUCUCUUCCUAAGGAGAGAGGCUGGAGAACUCGUUACCUUUAUCUAUUCCAAGGGUUUUGGUGCCAAGCUAAGGAGAUUCAAGCUAUCAUGUGUUUCCAAAAACAUUUCCAGUCCCUUCCAAACGACGUCGUCCUCGCCACCAUACCUAAAUCUGGUACAACCUGGUUAAAAGCUUUAACUUUCACUAUCCUUAACCGUCACCGGUUUGAUCCGGUUUCCUUAAGUUCCGACCACCCUCUUCUCACAUCCAACCCUCAUGACCUCGUACCUUUCUUCGAGUACAAGCUUUACGCCAACGGAGAUGUUCCCAAACUCUCGAGUCUAGCCAGUCCAAGAACAUUCGCAACCCACAUACCGUUCGGUUCCCUUAUGGAUUCGAUCGAGAAACCCGGUGUGAAGGUCGUGUACUUAUGCCGGAACCCGUUUGACACAUUCAUAUCCUCGUGGCAUUACAUCAACAACAUAAAAUCUGAGUCAGUGAGUCCAGUCUUGCUCGACGAAGCUUUUGAUCUGUAUUGCCGGGGAGUGAUCGGGUUUGGCCCGUUUUGGGAACACAUGUUGGGAUACUGGAGAGAGAGCUUGAAAAGGCCAGAGAAAGUCUUAUUUUUAAAGUACGAGGAUCUCAAAGAAGACACUGAGACCAACUUGAAGAAGCUUGCAAGUUUCUUAGGACUUCCUUUCACCGAAGAAGAGGAACGAAAGGGAGUUGUGAAGGCUAUUGCUGAUCUGUGUAGCUUCGAGAAUCUGAAGAAGUUGGAGGUGAACAAGUCAAACAAAUCGAUCAAAAACUUUGAGAAUCGAUUCUUGUUUAGGAAAGGAGAAGUGAGUGAUUGGGUUAACUAUUUGUCGCCUUCACAUGUGGAAAGAUUGUCAGCCUUAGUGGAUGACAAGUUAGGUGGAUCUGGUCUCACUUUCAGAUAGACAAUGAAGCAACGUAACGUCCACAAUUAAGGUAAUUUGUCGUUUCUAUUUUUGUCAACAUCGAAGUUUGUCGAGUUUCUAUUUUAUUAAAUAUCGUUUGUGUUUGCCAUUAUGUUCUAUUUGUACUAUCGUUCAUGUGUGUAGCUAAAUGUAUUGACAAAUUAAAUAUGUAUAAAUGUAUACAAUAUUUCAUAGA